CCCUCCGUAUUCCCACCCAGUCCAGAAGUUGAAAGUGUCAGAAAGCAAGAGCCUUUCUCUCUAGCUACACGCUCCAUCUCCCAGGAGCAAGGGCAAUCUGAGAGUGGGGCCACAGAGCCGUGCAGCUCUCUGCAGGAGGGCUUCUCCCCUCCUCCCAGUGAUCCGGGCUGGAAGAGAGCCGGCCGAGUUCCAGCCACCGAGCAAAACACAGAGCGAGGUCCACCCUGCGCUGUUGCGGGGCAGUGCUACCCAGUCGCUGUUGCUCACAGCCACAUGAAGCCUGCUGGGGUUCAGGGGCCACGGUGCAGCAAGCCGGCUGGGACUGAGGAGGACGCUGUCUCAGGAAGGCACUGACUCCCAAGGGGACCCCUCUCCUUGUUCCUGGGCAAAAGAGUCUUCUACUGGGGUCCCUGGUGAUCCUGAAUAUUCAGAAUGGUGUUCCUGAAAUUCCUCUGGAUGGGUUUCCUCUGCCACCUGUGUCAGGGCUACUUUGAUGGCCCUCUCUACCCAGAAAUGUCCAAUGGGACUCUGCACCACUACUUCGUGCCCGACGGGGAUUAUGAAGAGAACGAUGACCCAGAGAAGUGCCAGCUGCUUUUCAGGGUGAGUGACCGUCGGCGCUGCUCGCAAGGGGAAGGGACCCAGGCCAGCAGCUUGAUGAGUCUCACCCUUCGAGAGGAGUUCACCGUGCUGGGUCGCCAGGUGGAGGAUGCUGGGCGCGUCUUGGAGGGCAUCAGCAAAAGCAUUUCCUACGACCUGGAUGGGGAAGAGAGUUAUGGCAAGUACCUGCGGCGGGAGUCCCACCAGAUCGGGGAUGCCUACUCCAACUCCGACAAGUCCCUCACUGAGCUGGAAAGCAAAUUCAAGCAGGGCCAGGAACAGGAUAGCCGGCAGGAGAGUAGGCUCAACGAGGACUUCCUGGGGAUGCUGGUCCACACCAGGUCCCUGCUGAAAGAAACGCUGGACAUCUCCACAGGGCUUAGGGACAAAUAUGAGCUGCUGGCCCUCACCAUCAGGAGCCACGGGACUCGGCUAGGUCGACUGAAAAACGAUUAUCUUAAAGUAUGAGGUGGAAGGGCACAAAUACCAGAGAGGAAUCAAAUCAGCUCCGGUGGAGGGUGGGGAACAUAUGAGGGGGCUAAAUUUUUCCUUAUGCCUAUUAUAUUUUAUACCCAGGUUUGCACUUUGAGAAUGAAUCUGAAAUCAUCUUUAGAAAAGAAAGGUUUGAAAGGUUAAGUGGUUUGUUUUUAGUUUUAAUUCUGUACAUUAUUUAUGUGAUUGUUACAGAUUUAUCUAUCCAUGGGAAAGAACAAUUUAAAGCAAUGCUCCCCUCUUUCCUAGUGAGCUUUAAAAUAACUCUGCAGAGAUAUUUGUUUCAGCCACAUCCAAAAGGAGACAGUCCAUGCAGUAGAGAAUGAUUAAACUUCCCCAUCCUGGAGAUUGUGGGGCUAUUCCCAAGGAGCCUAGUGCCAAGUUCCUUUCACCUUCAACUUUCCCUCUUGGGUUCUGAAACUGAGGUGCCUGUUUUUCAAAGGAAGUCCAAGGUGUUGCUCUUUAUGCCUGCAAGUCCACGGAAGUUGCUUGUUUCUUAUUCUGCUUUUCUCUCUUAUUUAUUAACCAUGGUCUGUGAGUUGGUUUUGUUUUUGCCUUUUUUUGUAAAUGUAUUGUUGGGAAACUACGUGCAAAUCAUCCUUCCGCAGGAAGAUUUGCAAGUUUCCUCUGUGGGUCUAAGUGUAAGUGGCAACAUUGAAGAAGUCUAAGCUUUGUGAUAGUUGCCCUCUCCUGUUGACAUACUGAUUUGCUAUGUGUCAUGAAGUGUGUCUAUGCUUUGUCAUCAGUGCAAAAGUCAAUUACAAAAAACGUAGUUUGAACACCCCACCCAGAAGCCUAUGACUGAGGUUGUCAAUGUAUUUUUUCUCAUUCAGGGGUUUGGCUUCCCUUUGCUUAUUGGAAACUUGUACUUCAAUGAGGGGGGAUUCUAAUUCUAAUAACUCCUUAGCUAAGUUUUAUUAUUCAGCCAAUAAAUGUGUUUUCACAUAAUACUGGCUUAUUUUCUAAUUUAUAUCUAUAGCUUUCAUAUUUCAAAAAGGGGCCCAUGAAAGGAGAGAGGAUGGGAUUUAAGCCAGUUUACUUAGCAUGUAUGAUAAAGAAGGAAGAAUAGCUAUGCAUUUAGCAAUUCUCCCCUCCCUGCUAACCCUUACCAUUCUCACGAGGAAAAAAAAAAUCUAGCUUAUGCCAGAACUUUAAUCUCUGCUGCUCUACUUAAAAACUCUUAUUUUCUCCAGUUUUUCUCAUAGACUCAAUUGGAAUAGUGCAUAACGAGACUCAUACCUUAUUUGCCCUCAUUGUGCAGAGGGGGGAUUUUAUUCUAAUUUAUUAGAACCAUAAUAGAUACUUAAUUAUUUCAAAACUAAGUCUAUGUUAUUUAAUUAACAGCUUUGAAAGGUGGACAUUCAUUUUAUCCCAUGUCUUCCUCUGGCCAGUCCUCACCCCACUCUCUCACACAUACAUACAUACAUGCACAGGAAAAUGAAUAAAUGAUCAUGUUCAUCUGUUGAGUAGCAAGUCAUUUAUUUUUCCUCCCAUAUGUGAGGAAACCAGUUUCAAACUAUUUAUAUGAAGUUCCAAUAUCUUCCUACUACAGUAGGGAAAACUGAGGCCCCAAAAGAGUAAUUGCAUGAUCCUCAGCUAGUGGUAAGAACCCCAGGACUCUUAGAUUUAAGUGUAGGACUUUCUUACACUACUCUUCCUAAAGGAUACUGAGAGAGAAGAGAGAAUGGUUGGAGGCUGGUCCCUUUGCUUAGCUAUUUUAUUAAAUACAAUAGAACAACUUAUAGAACAGAACUUAAAAAUCCUCAUUUAUAAUUUUUUUUUCAUCAUUAAGGGAUUUUAGCUGCCUUUCAGAUUUGUGUGUGGGAAGGAGUUAAAUGAUGACUAUUUAGAAGGGCUUCCUUCUUUAUUCUAUGAAAAAAAUCAGAAAAAAAAUAAUAGCAGAGACAGAGAUGAUAUCUGGUAAAGUUUGCAGAUUAAAGACAGCAUCACUUCCUGUCUCAAAAUUAUCAUAUCACUCACUUCAAGGUGCUCAGGUAUAAUCCACAGACAUAUCAAAUGCCAUAUUUUUGAUUUUCCCAACCAUAAUAGGAAGAUGUUGGACAUGUGAUAGGGCUGAAAAACUGGUUUCCUUAUGUAUGCUAAUUCAAUCCAUUGGUAAUAGUUGCAUACAACUAUUAUGUUAAGAAGGAUUCAAAAGGCACAGAAGUAAAGAAUACUGUCCCCAAUUAGGGAUGUCUUCCCUGGGUGCAGGAAGGGGCGUGGCCACACAUCUGCUACAAAUUUGAAAACGCUGAAAUAGAUUAUGUAUGAGGUUCUUUCCAAUGCUAGCUUUUUAUGAUUCCUGCAAAACCAGAACGAAAGUAUCUGGCAUUGAAUUACUCCAUUCAAGGCUAGAUGUGCAUAUUGCCAAUAAUCCCUCAGAGUCUUAUGUAAAUGGUCCAGAGGGUAAAUGGCAGCUUCCAGGUGCUGGGAAGGAGACAGAGCUGCCCUGAACAGCCAGCCGAGAGGCUGGCAGCAAAAGGCUUUUCUAACUCUCUUAUGGUGGGAAGUCAGGAGACUCAGAUCUUUCCUCUCCACUUCCUCAUUAUUCUCAUUAGUCUUCCUUACUCACAGAGUGACACAUUCUCCAUUACAGCAGUGGUCUUUUACUUCUUAGGUCAUGAAACAUUUAGAGACUCUGAACAAAACCACAUGCUCUCUUCCAAGAGAAAUCUACUCACAAACACAUCUAUACAGUUUAAGGUAUUACCUGUUUUCAUAAAUAUUUGUUGACCUCUUAAUUUCCGGCAGAUGCUCAGUCAGGUUGUGAGUAAUUUGGGGAUGUUACAAAGCCUUGGGACUAUAUCUGUGGACCAGAAGUUUAAUAAAGCCUCUUAAAGUUUUAUUUGGAGCAGAAGGCAGUUGUUAUUGUUGUGAUCAUUAUUAUCAAAUACAGCGACAAUCAUUUUUUUAGGAAGUCAAUAUACUGGUAAGACCCAAUGCUAAGAACUUUGCCUGAGUUAAUUCUCUUAAUUCAAAUAACAAACUGUAUGAGGAAUUUUAUAAAAGACAGUAAUACAUUUCAAGCUCUUAUUUAUAAUAGUGUUUAUGAUAGAGUGAAUUCUCAAUAAAUGGUAGUUGUUAUACUGUU